CUCGAUUACGUCCAGUAGUCGGCCUGAUCUCGAUGCGCCACGACAUCGAAGUUAUAAAAUAUAAGAACGGAUUCGUCGGUUUUACAAUGUCGGAAAUCUGGACGAUUGUUUUGGCUCUCGCGGUCGUAGCCCUGACGAUCUGGUACUAUGCGUUUCGGAAUUUGGAUUACUUCAAAAAACGGGGAAUCCCGUACGUCCCGCCAGUUCCUCUGUUCGGAAAUAUGGGUGGAAUGGUAUUCAGGACGAAGACAUUUUCGGAGACGAUUCUGGAAGCCUACAAAUUCAAUCCCGAAGCGAAGUACGUUGGAUUUUUCGACUUCGGCAGCCCCGUGAUAUUCGUCAGAGACCCCGAGCUGAUAAAAACCAUCACGAUAAAGUCGUUCGACAAUUUCCCCGACCACAAAAUGCUCUCCGAAGAAAUUUCGGACAAAUUGUUCAAGCAAAAUCUUUUCGGCUUGAACGGACAACGAUGGCGAGAAAUGAGGGCUCUACUCAGUCCGACUUUUACUUCUAGCAAAAUGAAAAUCCUCUUCAAGCUCAUGAAGGAUUGUACCUCGAACUUCGUCGAUCAUCUGAAGACUAGGAAUGCGAAAUCGGGGGAAUUCGAGAUGCGCGACGCUCUCACGAGGUACACGAACGACGUGAUAAUGACCUCGGCCUUCGGCAUAAGUGUGAAUUCGUUGGAGGACCCCGACAACGAUUUUUACGUCACCGGUCGAGAGGCGACGAAUUUUACCGGCGCGAGAUCGUUGAAGCUUUUUUUCCGACGUUCGUUCCCAACGCUCGCCAAUAUCGUCGACGUCAAACUGUGGAGCGACAAAAUAGUAAACUUCUACGAGAACAUCGUGAAGACGACGAUCGCCGCGAGGGACGCGAGGGGAAUCGUUCGUCCCGAUAUGCUGCAGCUGAUGAUGCAAGCCAGAGAUAAAAGCGAAACGCUCAAGCUAACCGACGACGACAUGGCGGCCCACGCGUUCACAUUUUAUUUCGGCGGUUUCGACUCCGUCGCUCUCCUGAUGUGCUGCGCGAUCCACGAGAUCGCCGUUCACCCCGAUGUCCACGAGAAGCUUCAGGCGGAGGUCGACCAAGUUUCCGAGGAAUGCGGAGGAGUCGUUAGUUACGAGGCUCUUCACGCGAUGCCCUACCUCGACAACGUCGUCAACGAGACGUUGAGAUUGCAUUCGCCAGCUGUGACGACCGAUAGACUUUGCAGACAGAGUUUCGAACUGCCGCCCGCUCAGCCCGGACUGAAACCGUUUCUGGUCGAACCUGGUGUCAGUAUUUGGCUGCCGUUCGCAGCGAUCCACAAGGACGCUAAGUACUACGAGAAUCCGGAAGAAUUCGAUCCCGACAGAUUUGGCGAUGAGGGAAAAUCGAAAAUCGAUCCCGCGACCUUCUUGCCGUUCGGAUCCGGACCGAGACUGUGUAUAGGAAAUAGAUUCGCACUUAUGGAAACUAAACUCGUCAUAUUUGAACUACUGGCGAACUUCGAUAUCACCGCGUGCAGCAAAACUAUUAAUCCGAUUCGACUUAGCAGAUCAAGUUUCGUUCCCAAUAUCGAAGGAGGUGUUUGGCUCAAACUUGAGCGUAGAAAUCAACGGGAAUUCGAAUCGUCGACUUGAUUUUAUUUAACAACUCUGUACUCCGUCGAUGUAUCAUUCCGGAUAUCGCGUACGAGUGUUACCUCAUCAGUGGGUAUUAUUCUGAUUCGAAAAAAACGUUUGUCGAGCAAAAAACAGAGAACAGAUCCUGGAUAACGUUGCAAUUUUUUUUAUGUUUGUAAUGGCCGAUAUUGUAAAAAAAAAAUAUCACGAUUAUAGAUAUGCAUAUACGACAUUUAUAACAAAAUAAUUUUCGAGAUAGAUUCCGAUCCAUCGUGUCAUUUAGCAGUUCAGCUUUAGCAAUUCUAAUUCACGACGAAUUAAAGCAAUGGGUAGAGGAGAAGAAGCGGGAAAGAGAACGAAGAGAGGUACAUACAAGAGAUGAGGUGUUCCCGUAGUUUGUUAAUCGGUCGAAACACGCGAAUUCCCAAUUCCCAUUGACAACAUACCUGAAAUUCCUGUUCUAACCAUGCGAAUUACACGGACCGUGUAAUACGUAGUUCUUUUUUUCCGUACACGAUAUAUUUAUCAAUUACAUUCACGUACGACCGAUAUAAUUGUCAAAAUAAAAACAAAUUAGGUGUAGGUGAAAGGGAUCUUCUUUGCAGCUGGCGUAUAAUUAAUCAAUCACCUCUUCUUUUUUGUCCUGUUACUUUUUUACUUCUCAUCUCUUUUUCAACUUUUUCUACAAUUCGUGUAAAACGAAAUUCGUUAUAAUCGCUCCGCAGGGCACCUGAAAUAUAUUCCGGAGGAAGAAUAAUGGUAUAGGGUGGGUUGAGGGCGGAUGAAAAGGGAGAGGAGGAUUAAAAGGGACAUCUGGAGUUCACGCGUUUUAAAUAUUGACAAAUUUCGAUUAUACUUUCAAAGGUUGUUCCAGAUACCUGUAGCAAUUCGUUGAAUUGUAUCACGAUAUAUAUAUAUAUACACGUGAUACUUUGAAAUUUUACUCACCCCCUUCCCAUUGCCCCGCUAUUAUUUAUUAAUUCAUUUCUACUUUCAUCGUGUAUCGACCUUUUUUCCAUCAAAUUUGAGGCUAAAUAUUUCAUAGAGUUAUCAAAAUAUCAUGUUCAUUUUCGUCCGCUUUUUUUUUUAAUAGGAAUCUGGUGAAAUUUCAUGGUUAGAAAUGCUUGUUCAAAAAUGAGGAGAGAACGAAAUUGAAAGAGGAGAGGAAAAAAAAAUAAAAAUUUACAAAAAGGAAAAUAAAAUAACACGACCCUUAUGCUUUUUGGAAUAUUAAUGUACGGGUUUUGUAGACAGGACAUAUGUAUAACCCAUGUAGAAUAUUUGUGUAUUUCGGGAGUGGAGAUCAGGGCGGAUGAAGCACCGCUGGUGCUGCGUGAGAGAAAUUGAUGGAAGCAGAUGGAUUUCAGAGGGGUGAAUUUUGAGGGAUGGACGAUGGUUAGGUAGGUACAGCCGAAAGAGGGGCUGCUAGUGAUAUUGAAGGGCAUUUUGAAAUAUUCAUAUUUCCGCGGAUAACUUUCUAUUAAUAUAAACCGGUCAGUAUUAAUCAAGAUGUUAUCUGGUCUAAUGGAAUCAAUUAGUUCGAGUACCGGAUAGGCAAUUAUUCAUCGUUUUAAUUAGUACAGUCCAUAUCGAAACGCCAGCGUAUAUUUCAUUAACCUGCAGAUGCAAGAUCUCCAAUAGGGUACCCACAUUAUACGCGUAUUCGAACCUUCUUCAAAUUGAAAAUACCGUUCCAUGUACCACCCCCCCAUAGGAUGCAGGAUUGGAAAAUAAACGGGAGAGAGCGGAAAAAAAUAUCA